GAGAGGUUCCACAACGAUCUGUUCUUCCGGAGAGACGGCUGCCUGCCCCAGACGGCCGAUCUCCGGGAAGAAUUACCUCAUCGCCCCGAUCCAGUCGACCGCCCGUGGCGGCCAAGCACACGAGAACUCCAACCUUGUUCUCCUCCGCAUUGAAACGUAAACCGAGUCCGAAUUUCACAUCGCCUCGUAAAGGUUUUGCCGAAGGGUUGGCUUGGCGCGUGGAAACGACAUCCGAACGAACAACCGAGGAGACUGGCCGUUUGCGAAGCGAUGACGAGGACGCGGCGUCCGCCCCGGCGGCCGAACCGGGACAUGCGGUCCGCUCAGGGGCCGGAGGAAGCGUCGGGGGUUUUUCAGCCCCCGAGCUCCGAGGCUCAAGGGGGCGGGUACCGUCUGAUUGCGGCCCAGCAACCGAGCACAACGGCAGGCCCCGGCCCAAUUCGAUACCCCCCGCUGCCCGCCGCACCGCCGCCCCCAAGCAGCCACAACAUGCCCUCGGCGUCUGCGCAUACACAAUUCGAACCCCCGGCGGUUGAUGAAGGGGAUGGAAGCGCCAAUGCGGCAGGGCAAGAGCUGAUUGGCGACGAAACGGCCACGCUGGCGGAAUACCCCUAUUCGAUAUACAACCACGGCACGUGGACGGCCGAGGACGACAAGACGUUGAUCCAGGCGCGCUCGCGCGGGCAGAACUGGGCCGACCUCCAACGAACGCAUUUCCCGACGAAGACGGCGAACGCAUGCCGAAAACGGUACGAGCGGCUGGUCGAGCGGCGGGGAAUACACGACUAUAGCGGGCGGAGGCUGGAGAUGGUGGCCAGCGAGUACAUGACCAUGCGGAAAGACGUCUGGUCUGGAUUGGCGGAUCGAGUGGGGAUGAAGUGGGAGGUCGUAGAAGCUCUGUGCAUGGGAGCGGGGCUAAGGACAAUUCAGUCCAACGCUCGAUCGUACACCAACCGCGCGAGGCGAGAUAGCAGGAUCUCACAAAAGACGCGCGAGGCGCAGGCGGACGUUCUGAGCACCGGCUCGGUGGGACUUCCGCUUCCGCUACUUCCGGUCGGCAGCGAAUUCGGGACCGCCUUUACCAACCAUGGCGUUGAACCGGAUCGAAGUUCGACGGCGGCGGACCGAAGCAUGCCGCCGCCCCCAUUUUUCCCAUCGAGCGGGCCGACCCCGAGUACCCGCUUACCCCCGAUGGCACUGGCGCCACAAGUGCCCUUCCGCGGAUAUCCUGACGGGAACGCAAGGUUGAUGUCUGGCCCACCCAACACUGGCGCCCCAGCCCCGGAGCCUCCGCCGGGCAGCGGGCCUCCGAUCUGGUAGGGUAUUAGCGUUAGGGAUU